AUAAAGUGAGUUCCUUGAUUGCCACUCCAAACUGCAGUAGUGAAGAAUUCCUUAAGCCUCCUUAUACAUAUAAACUUCAAAAACAAUGUCCUUCUUCUUCAAGCCAUCUCCUUCAAUCAUAAUUUCCUCUCCAACCUUCUUCCUGUUUUAUUAAAUAACUGUUACAUUUCCCCUGUUUUUUCAUUAUUACAUCAAAACCUUCACAAUUUCACAAAAAUGGCUACAACUUACAUGGUUGAAUCAUCUGACCAUGGAUGCGGCUUCAUGGGUGGUCUCUUCAACCGCCAUAGCCUCUGUUCUCGAAGGUCCUCUGUUCGUUCACUUCCUUCAAAUAUAAACAACAACAAGAAGGAUGUAGUAGCAACUGAGAAAAAAGACCAGGGUAAUCCCAAACCGGUUCUCUUUGCUUCUGUAGUAACUGAGAAAAAAGACCAGGUUAAUCAUAAGCCUGUUCUCUUUGAUCCUGUAGUAACUGAGAAAAAAGACCAGGUUAAUCCUAAGCCUGUUGUCUUUGCUUCUGUUAAAUUGAAACCUGCAGAAGUUUCAACAACGGUGAAGUAUAACAUGGCUAGUCCCAGAUGCUCUGUUUCACAAAACCAUAAUAAUAAUCAAAGUAGAAGGUUUUCAGAUGCUGCAAGGGUUUCAACAACAUCAUCAUCAUCAUCAUCACAAAACCAUAAUCAAAGUGAAGCAGUAACACCAAGAACACCUUCAGGAAACAUACUGCAGUCCAACAGCAUGAUGAUGAUGAAACAGAAGUGCUCUGUUUCUGUUUCUGGUAAUCCCACUACUGUAAAUAAGUCCUUGGAUUUUAACAAUGUUACCAUGGGAAAUAUAUUGAAGAGGAACAGUACUGAUGAACUUAGAAUUUACAGUUCAAUGAGUAAAUUGGAUUCUGAGGAGAUGAAGUCAUUGGGGAAUGAGAAGUAUAAACAGGGGAAGUAUGAGGAGGCUUUGGUUUUGUAUGAUCAGGCUAUUGCUAUUGAUGAUAGUGUGGCUGCUUAUCGAAGUAAUAAAAGUGCUGUUUUGACAGCACUUGGGAGGGUGUUAGAGGCUGUUUAUGAGUGCAGGGAAGCUGUUAGGAUUGAUCCUUGUUAUCAGAGGGCUCACCAUCGUCUUGCAGGACUUUAUUUCAGACUGGGAUAUGCGGAGGAAGCAAUGGAACAUUACAGUCUUUCAGGAAGUGUAACCAGUUUAACAGACAUAACUCAGGCCAAAGCUCUUCAGAAAUGUCUCUGUAAGUGUAAUGAAGCUAAGGAGGUUAAAAACUGGGGAAAUUUGUUAAGAAAUACACAUGAUGCAUUAGCAAUUGGGGCCAACUCUUCAUUGCAGAUCUACGCGCUUCAAUGCCAAGCCUUAUUGAACCUUCAAAGACACGACGAAGCCUAUGCAGCUUUCAAGAGGGCACCUUCAUUCGACAUGGAGUUAUACACUCAAUUAUUUGAUGAAACUAAAACCACUUUCUUGUACUUGAUCAAAGCACAGAUUUAUAUGGCAACAGGCAGGUUUGAAGAAGCGAUUACAGCAGCACAAAAAGCAGCACAACUCAACCCAAACAACAAAGAAUCAAGAUCAAUGUUAAUAAAAACACGAUCUGUAUCAAUAGCAAGAUCAAAGGGAAACAAACUCUUCAAAGAAUCAAACCUUUUAGAUGCUUGCAGCAUAUACACAGAAGGAUUAGAGUACGAUCCUUUCAACUCCGUUCUUUUAUGUAACAGAGCAGCUUGUCGGUCUAAACUAGGACAGUUCGAGAAAGCUCUAGAAGACUGUACAUUGUCUCUUAAUCUGCAGCCGUCUUACAGUAAGGCUAGACUGAGACGGGCUCACUGUAAUGCGAAGAUGGGACGAUGGGAAGCUUCGAUACAGGAUUAUGAGAUCUUGAUUAGGGAGAAGCCCGGUGAUGAGGAAGUGGGUCGGGCUUUGUUCGAGGCUAAGGUUCAGUUUAAGAGACAGAAUGGUGAAGAUGUGAAGGAUAUGAAGUUUGGUUCUGAUGUUGUAAAGGUUUCUAGUGUUGAAUGUUUCAGACACUUGAUUACUUCUCCAGGGAUGUCAGUGGUGUUAUUCUGUACCAAGUCGAAGCAGGAAAAGGCGUUGUCAUUGUUGGAACAAGUUUGUUUGAAGUUUCCAUCCAUCAAUUUUCUCAAGGUGGAAGUGGAAGAUCACCCAUACUUAGCAAAGUCAGAGGCAGUAACAUAUACACCUGCCUUCAAAAUAUACAAGAAUGGAACAAGGGUUAAAGACAUUCCAGGAAACAAUCUUGAAUUACUGCAAAAUUCAGUUAAAUUGUAUAGCAGCUGAAAACAAACUACUUUACCAGAAAACUGAAAAAUAAUUGAUCAGAAUUGGUAGCUAAAGCGAAAACUCGUUCAUUUUACCGACACACGCAAAAUGAUUUUUAAAAAAUCAAGCGCGCCAAAAAUCAAUCUUGUACGCGUUGUAUGUGUGAGGCAGACUUACAAUACUUUAUUGUUAAAUCGAGUGAUUUUGUUAUUUUACGAAGAGGUACUUUUGAAUGAAAUAUUUUAUAAUUCUUAUAA